CUCGACAAGUUUUUUCAGAAGGUAGUGGCACAUGUAUUAUGAGUGGUUUACUGUGACUAGUGCAAUCAUUUUUACCGGUGAAAAUUUUAUUGGCCUUUUUUCUUCUACUACUAUCACCACCAACCUCACCAACAAUGUCUCAAGAAACUGAAAAACCCCACCUCGAAGCCGUGAUACGAGGAAACGCCGAAUUCACCAAAAAUCUAUACAGUAUCCUCGCCAAGAAUGACGGCAACAUAUUCUUCUCCCCAAUAAGCAUUCACGCCAUUCUAGCCCUGGCAGCACAAGGCUCAGGAACCACCACCCGAGAAGCCUUGUGCAAAGCCCUGAAUGUGCCCGACAUCAAAGCCGCAGCUGAGGGUUACAAAGACAUCAUGAGUCGCUUGAACAGCGUGAAAGAUGUUACCCUACACAUGGCGAAUAAAGUGUACAUGAAGCAAAGUUACAACUUGCAGGAGAGUUUCAAGGGCAUCGUGACUAGCCACUUCUCUUCGGAAGUACAGCAGCUGGAUUUUGCUCAGCAAGCAGCUGCUGCAAAGACCAUCAACACUUGGGUAGAGGAGAAAACCAAAGACAAAAUCAAGGAUUUGAUCAAAGCUAGCGAUCUGGAUCCCCUUACUCGUCUAGUACUAGUAAACGCGAUCUACUUCAAAGGUACUUGGGCGGAAAAAUUUGACGCAGCAAACACCAAAACGGAAAAGUUCUACAAGAACGAAACCGAGACUGUAGAUGUCCAAAUGAUGCACCUCACCAAAAAAUUCUACUUCAAGAACGACGAGACCCUCAACGCCAAAGUUUUGGAACUUCAGUACACCAACAAGGACCUCAGCAUGAUCAUUAUUCUUCCGAACGAACGUAACGGCAUCGCAGAUUUAGAAGCUAAGCUAGCCAACACCGAUCUGAGCAGGAUUACAGAGAAUAUGUACAGACCUGAGGUCAUUGUAGCCCUUCCCAAGUUCAAGAUUGAGCAGACGAUCGAAUUGAAUGACCCCUUGAAAGAGUUGGGGCUUGGAAUAAUGUUUGAUGAGGAUAAAGCUGAUUUUAAGUCGAUGCUGGACAGUCCAGAGCAAUUGUAUGUCAGUAAGGUGGUACAAAAGGCUUUUAUUGAGGUCAAUGAAGAAGGUGCAGAAGCUGCAGCUGCCACUGAAGUACGUAUGGUAAUGAAAAGAUCCAUCGGAUAUGUUCAACGUGAAGAAUUUUUGGCCACCCACCCCUUCUUGGUAUUGUUAGCAGGAAAAGGAAACAUCACAAUACAGGAUGUACGAACAAAGGAGUGUCGCUCUAUUUUGUUUUAUGGAAAAGUUGAGAGUCCAUUGUAUCCCAGAAUCGAACACGAUGAGCUUUGAAUCAUAUUGUAAAUGUACAGAGUGAGCGAGAAGAAUUCGAUGACAUCAUUAAUUUGGAUAAAAAUGGACUUUACUCACUCUUUCCAGAUUUUGUUCAUCGUUUUUCCUUUCCCCUGUACAUCAGGGUGACUGGCAAAAAAACUCCCUUUGCCAUAUAGAGCCGUUAUUUAUUGUCCAUCUAAUGAAACCCCCUGUAUACACAAUAAUGUAUUCAAAAAGAGCUUCUUACUUUUCUUGUAUAUGAGUUGAAUGACAUUUUCUUCAUCACAAAGAUAAAUAUAUGUUUCUAUUUCGGUUAAGUUGAAGCUGAAAAUAAAAUUUGUAUUUCACCAAAAUUUGAUGAUAAAUAAUGGCGAUGUAGCUUUUGGCUUUUUUUGUCGCCCUGUAUUUGUUCUAUAGGUAGUACUUAGUGCUUCCGAUUCAUUCCUAUUAUUCCACUUAUUAUUAUUAUCAACGAACGAAGCAGUUCUAGCAUUUGAUGAAUUUUCUUUGGCUUCGAACGUAAUAUGUGAAAUAAAAAUAUUUCCCGUAUUUUUUUUUUCAACUAAUUUUGAAGUUGAAAUAUUGUUCAAAAGUAGCUUUUCAAAAUACGGUUUUUGGCAUUGCAAAAUCGGAGAAUUGAUCUCGAAUUGUGAAUUUUUCAAUCAAUAAAAAUUGUUGGAUUUGUUACUUGCUGCUAUUUUUAAUAAACAAAACAAACAGUACCUAUUUAAAUAUUUUUGAUAGAUCUUUUUUUUUUCAAUCUCAUAUAAAAUAUUUCUUUGUCUGUUGUGUACUCAAAUAUUAGUUUAGAUGUCAUACUACUGUCAUGUUUCUACUUAAAAAUUUCUAUUUUUUAUAUAUCCAUAUAUACCGUCGCUUCUCCUUAUAAGUGCUUAUAUGUAUUUCAAUAAGAAAUAGAGAUAAUUUGAAAUAAAAACGUUUUUCUUC